AUGGAAAGUGCUACCGCCUCACAAUUACAGAGCUUUAAUGCCCUCCAGCGCCCGGAGCGGGACGCAUCCGGCAGACGCAACCACUACCAUUUCGCCGUAAAGGCUCUCCCCGGCGUCUCAGGCGAAGCCGUAUUCUCCGCGAAUCCAUACAACAACCACCACGAUUGCGAGGGCCGAUCCAGAAUCUCCCCUCUCUCACCAGACGAGCAGGCCAAAAUUAUCGUCCCUUUGCUACUAGAGGCAUUCGUCAACCGAUUCGACGAGCAGGGCAUAAUCCCCCAGAUGGGCAGCAAUAUGGAACCAUUCGCGCCGUUUACUUGGAGCACCACUGACGAGAGCCUUGCGCAGGCUGUGUCCCGUAGAUGUCGGGCAAUUGGCGUCAGAUCUGAUCUGUGUGAGGUUGCUGUCACUACCGCGGAAGAACUUCGCAGUGCUGAGGCGUGCUGGAUGAAGUGGAGCAGAGCUUUGGUGGAUGCAAUGGCCUUGUAUGAUCUCCCGGAUGAUGGAGUCGAUAUGUUGAGAUGA